CCCUUCCCAGAAUUCUCAAUUAGUUCGGUCGAACCCUUCUCUUGUCGGACUUAUAUUCGCCAAUUUACCUUAUUGUCAUUGUUUCUUAUUCCUUCUUACUCAUUUCUAUUUCUAUUUAGACCAAUAUGGGGCUGUUCAGCAGUGCAGCCCCCAAGGCUUCCUCUUGGAACCCUCUGACCUGGGGCUCGAGCCCGCCUCCCUCAUCAGGACUUUCCUCGUUCCUUCCCUUUGGCUCUUCGAACAGCGGCUCCUCGUCAUGGGCAUCGCUAGCCAUGGGCACAAAGGACCAGAGCUGGUUCAAGGCUGUGCUUGGAAAGUUCGGCUUUAGCGGAGUCCUGGCCACGAUCCUCAGUUUCUUCCUUUAUGCCCUCUACCUGAAGUUCAUCAAGAAGGACAGCCAAGGGUUGAUCGAGUUCCUCAAGGAGAAGAUCGCGCAGUAUCUGUUCAAGAUUCCGGGGUUGAACAAACUUCCGUUCGUGAAGAAUCUCUUGCCGUUUGGUAAAGGAAAAGACUUGAUCCAUAUUCCCAAGGGCACACACUCAGCUUUAGGUAGUAUUGCUGGAACGGCACCCGGCUUUUUGUCCAAGCUUAACCCCACAAACUGGAAGAUCUUCAACAGGCACAAGAUUGCCGAAGAGGAAGAUGAUCAAAAGUACCAAGCUGGUGAGCCUUACGGUGACCCGAAUGUCAUGGCCACUAGUCUCGUGCAAGACCUCAAGUCGAUGGGACUCAAGACCGGUGUGAAAGAUCUUCGUACGUUGCUCGAAGUCGCCAAAUCCAAGGGAAAGCCUAUUGACGACCGACAGAUGACUAUGGAAAAGAUGAUUGCGAUCGCGGCAUCAUUGCCACGGACAUCCAAGGCGCGCAAGAAGCUGUCGGGGCUCAUUAUCGACACUCUGUGGAAAAGCUUGCAACAUCCUCCCCUGAGCUACUUCGGCAACCAGUACCAGUACCGGACUCCGGAUGGAAGCUACAACAACCCUCUCCAGCCGAACUUGGGCAAGGCUGGAAGUCCUUACGCGAGAAGCGUCCCGAAGUUGAAGCACUUGCACGGUGUCCCGCCGGACCCUGGUCUUCUGUUCGAUCUCCUCAUGGCUCGUAGCGACGAGUCUUUCAAGGAGAACCCUGCUGGUGUGUCUUCGGUUCUCUUCUACCACGCAACCAUCAUUAUCCAUGAUGUUUUCCGCACCAACCGCUUCGACUCCAAUGUCUCCGAUACGUCUUCCUAUCUCGACCUGGCCCCCUUGUAUGGUUCCAGCCGUGAGGACCAGGUGGCCAUCCGGACCAUGAAGAAUGGUCUUCUCAAGCCGGACACCUUUGCCGAAAAGCGACUGCUGGGAAUGCCCCCAGGUGUCAAUGUUAUGCUCAUCAUGUACAACCGUUUCCACAACUAUGUCGCAGAUGUCCUGCGGAAGAUCAACGAAGGUGGUCGGUUCACCGUGCCUCCCACUAAGACCAAAGAAGACAAGGAGAAAGCUCUUGCGAAGCAAGAUGAGGACCUGUUCCAGGUGGCUCGACUUGUCGUGAAUGGUCUCUACGUCAACAUCUCCUUGCACGACUACCUUCGUGGUCUGACCAACAGUCACCACUCCGCAACCGACUGGACCCUUGACCCUCGCGUUGAGGUGUCGAGACUCUUCGACCCCGAGGGCGUUCCGAGAGGUAUCGGUAACCAGGUGUCCGCCGAAUUCAACCUCCUGUACCGAUUCCACUCCGUCAUCUCUCGCCGCGAUGAGAAGUGGAUGAACGAGUUCCUCCAGAGCCUGUUCCCAGACAACACCAAGCCUCUUGACCAGCUUACUCCUCAAGAGUUCGUCCAGGGUCUCCUCCGCUAUGAGCAGAACAUCCCCGAUGAGCCCUCCAAGCGCGAGUUCGGCGGAUUGAAGCGUGACGACACUGGCAAGUUCAGCGAUGCUGAACUGGUCGACAUCAUGAAGGAGAGUAUGGAAGACCCGGCCGGAUUGUUCGGUGCCCGCAUGGUUCCCAAGGCGCUCCGUAUCAUUGAAGUCACUGGUAUCCUCACGUCGAGAAAGUGGCAUCUCGCUUCUCUGAACGAGAUGCGUAACUUCUUCGGUCUCAAGAGCCACGACACUUUCGAAGACAUCAACCCUGACCCUGAGAUCGCUGAUCUUAUGCGCAAGCUGUACGAUCACCCCGACAUGGUCGAAAUGUACCCUGGUCUCUUCCUUGAGGAUGCCAAACCUCGCAUGGAUCCAGGCUGUGGUGGUUGCCCUCCGUACACUGUCGGCAGAGCUGUCUUCAGUGAUGCUGUUACUCUCGUGCGAUCUGACCGAUUCCUUACUGUGGAUUAUACGGCAUCGAACCUCACCUGCUGGGGUUACAACGAAGUCCAACAGGACUAUGACAUUCUUGGUGGAUCGAUGUUCCAUAAGCUGUUCCAGCGUGCGUUCCCGGGCUGGUUCCCUUACAACUCCUUGCACAGCACGCAGCCGAUGUUCACCCGCAAGAUGAACGAGGAGAUUGCACGGGAAAUUGGAACCAUUGACCAGUACACCCUGGACGACCCUUCGCCUCCACCGAACCCUAUCGCUGUGUCCAGGCACUCGGCUGUGACCAAGGUGCUUAACGACCAGGCCAACUUCCGUAUCACAUGGACCAAGUUCCUGAACGACAUGGUUCCCGGAAAGACGUACAACAACUACAUGUUGGGUGGUGACCAGCCCGCGAACACCGCGCAGAGAAAGCUGGUUCAAGAUAUCAUGUUCAGCCCUGCCGAAUUCAUGCAGCUGCUUUCGUCGACGGCCAACUCGGUUAGCAAGGAGCUGCUUGAGGCUGAGACUCUUAACCUUGGGAAGGACUUGAACCAGAUUGAUAUCGUCAGAGAUGUUGCGAUCCCCUUGAACACUCGCCUCCUUGCCGACCUGUUCUCUCUGGACCUCAAGACCGACGAGAACGAGAAGGGAAGCUACAACGCGGCGACAUUGUACACGUACCUCCUCAGUGUCCGUACCUACGGUUUUAACAACAGCGACCCAGCUAUCGCCUUGAACCGCAGAAAGGAGGCUCGCGAGGGUGCCGAAUCUCUGACCGAAACAACACUUAACGUUGUCAAUGGAAGCCCCAAGUCGAUCGUUGACGCUCCCAAGGGAAUCAUCUCGAAGGCCACUGGAGCCGUUACUGGAACAGUCACCGGUGUCGCUUCGCACAUUCCUAUCGUUGGUGGUCUCUUCAAGCACAAAGGCAAGACGGCCAAUGCAAGCACUGGUUCUCUGCGCUGGUACGGUCAGAAUGUCGUGAGGGAGAUUAUUGCUGCUGGAAAGAGCCCAGAGGAGACUGCUGAAAUUUGCUGGUUGAGUGCUGUUGCUGGUGUUGGUGCGCCGAUUGGAUUGUUUGCCGACGUUCUUAGUUUCUAUCUCAAGGAGGAGAACUCCAAGCACUGGGAAGACAUUCAGAACUUGGCUAUUGGCUCCAACGCCCAGUCUGCUGACAAGAAGCUGCGACAAUACGUUCUCGAGGCCCAGCGUCUCACCAGCACCCAGCGAAACCUCCGUAUCUGUGUUGGCGAGACCACCAUUGACGGAAAGACGUUCAAGCCAGGAGAUAUUAUUGCGUGUUUAUUCGGCCCUGCUUGCAAGGAUCCCGAAGUGGUUCCCGACCCCGAAGCAUUCAAGCUCGACAGACCGGACAGCGCCUACAUCCACUUCAGCUACGGUCCUCACGCGUGCCUUGGCCGGGAAAUUGCGUUGGCUUUCGUGGUUUCGCUCAUCAGGCUCUGCGCUGGUUUGAAGAACUUGCGUCCGGCUCCUGGUGACAUGGGAACUCUGAAGAGCGUCGACAUCGGUGGGGAGAAGUGCUACCUCAACGACAGCUGGUCGUAUUUGGCCUUUGACCCAACCACAUGGAAGGUUCACUACGAUGGCCAGGGCAAGGGUAUCCACCACGCCCCCCAGAUUCCCAUCACCGCUGGCCGCGACCUGAACGCCAUGUCCAACGCUCUCAAGAAGCAGCAAGAGGACUUUGUGAAGGGCGCCUCGAAGCUUCUCCCCAACGGUAACAAGGCUCCUGAGGCUCCUCAGAAAGCGACCAACGGCGUACCUCAGACCAACGGUGAACAGGCUGGAGCAAAUGUUCCUGUGCCUGACGAAGCCCCGACAGCGGAUCCUAACCAGCAAAACGGUCAGCAGAAUGGCCAACAGGUGCCUUCAAAUGAACAACAGGUUCAAAACGGCCAGAAGAACAACGGACUCCUGCACAAAGUUGUCUCUGAUGCUGUCGACGUACCUAAGAACGCGAUCAGUACCGCGCACGAUGUCACCCAUGACGUUGUCGGCCUCAUCCCUGGUGGUAAACAAGCUGAGAACAUCACGCAUGGAAUCGCUGACAACUUGAUCCCUGGUGGACAUGGUCUCCUUCCUGGCUCGCAUCAAAACGAGCAGCAAGAGCAGCAGAAACAGCACGGACUGCUUCCCAAUCCUUUGGACGCGGCGAAGCAGCUUCCAGGGAAUCUCUUCAACCGGUAAAUAGUAAGGAGGAAGGCAAAAAUGAUUCUGGAGAUAUUUGUGUUUAUUUUUAGGGUUCUACGUGGUCUAGUGGAUGGUUUAGAUAGGGAGUAAAAGUGGUUCAAUACAUUUCUUGUUACGUUUGA